CUUCGUCUUCCUUCGGGGAUUAGGACUACUGCCUACUAGGACUCGUCUCAGAUCGCAGCCUAUAAAAUUAUCUCAUUUUGCUCUCUCUUUCUAUCAUUCCAUACCUUUCUCCCUUGUUUCAUCUUCGUUUUCACUCAAUCGACUUGAGAUUUUUCUCGUUUUCCGCGAAUCUCUGUUUCAAUUUUCUCUCAGAGUCGUUCCAUUAGUAGUCGCGAUGAAUGCUCUUGCAGCAACGAACAGAAAUUUCCGCCAUGCUGCUCGGAUUCUUGGAUUGGAUUCCAAGCUUGAGAAGAGCCUUUUGAUUCCGUUUAGAGAGAUCAAGGUGGAGUGCACGAUUCCAAAGGACGACGGAAGCUUGGUGUCGUACGUCGGGUUCAGAGUGCAACACGACAAUGCUCGUGGCCCCAUGAAAGGAGGGAUCAGAUAUCAUCCUGAGGUUGAUCCCGAUGAAGUGAAUGCUUUGGCUCAAUUAAUGACAUGGAAGACUGCUGUUGCUGAUAUCCCAUAUGGUGGUGCAAAGGGUGGCAUCGGCUGCAACCCGAGGGAGUUGAGUAACAGCGAACUCGAGCGGUUGACUCGUGUGUUUACACAAAAGAUUCAUGAUCUCAUUGGAAUUCAUACCGAUGUUCCAGCUCCAGAUAUGGGCACAAAUGCACAGACUAUGGCAUGGAUUUUGGAUGAAUACUCAAAAUUUCAUGGCCACUCGCCUGCUGUUGUCACUGGAAAGCCCAUAGACCUGGGUGGAUCACUUGGCAGAGAAGCCGCAACCGGCCGUGGUGUUGUUUUUGCAACAGAGGCUUUACUUGCUGAGCAUGGAAAACAGAUCAAGAACAUGACUUUUGCUAUUCAGGGAUUUGGAAAUGUGGGAUAUUGGGCAUCGAAGCUCAUUCAUGAGAAAGGUGGAAAGGUCGUUGCAAUAAGUGAUAUCACCGGUGCAGUAACGAAUCCGAACGGUAUCGAUAUUCAAGAGCUUCACAUGCAUAAAAAAAGCACUGGAAGCCUAGUGAACUUUCAAGGUGCAGAUAGUAUGGAUCCAAACGAGCUACUCAUACAUGAUUGCGAUGUUCUUAUCCCUUGUGCCUUAGGGGGAGUUCUAAACAGGGAAAAUGCUGGUGAAGUGAAAGCCAAGUUUAUCGUUGAGGCAGCAAAUCACCCCACAGAUCCUGAUGCAGAUGAGAUCCUAUCUAAGAAGGGCGUCAUAAUUCUACCCGACAUAUACGCCAAUGCCGGUGGAGUGACUGUAAGCUACUUCGAGUGGGUUCAGAACAUUCAAGGGUUCAUGUGGGAUGAAGACAAAGUAAACAGUGAGCUACAAAAGUACAUGACCAAAGCAUUUCACAACAUAAAGAACAUGUGCAAGUCCCACGACUGCAACCUGCGAAUGGGCGCUUUCACGUUGGGCGUAAACCGAGUCGCACGUGCCACGCUUCUUCGAGGUUGGGAAGCUUAAUUUAUAAUAGAAGAUAAACUUGUCUAUCACCACGGAAGAAAGCAGAAGGUUGGAUCUAACUUCUACUAGUAUUUAGUUCUAUUUGAUUUUCUUCAACUUAUGAAAAAGCAUACACAGAUUGGAUUAGCAUAAACUGUUGAAACUUAAUUUUUUUUUUCAGCGUGGUAAUUUGUAACAUGUCUUAAUUCUAUUGUUGUUACAUUAUGCCUAUGAAUGAAAAUGUAAUAAAUUCUGAUUACUUCUUCA